UGGAGGCUGGCCCCAGGAGGAGCUCAGCGCUGGCUCUGGCUCUGACUCCGGGACGGGAGGGCACCGCGCUGCGCUGUGCCCCGAUCGUGCUGCGGGACGGGUCCUGGCCAUGCUCCCGGCCCUUCGGCGCUUCCUGCAGAGGAGCUGGUCACAGUGUCACCGGGAGCCUGAGAGCCCGCAGCCUCGGAUGUAUGUAUGAAGUUCGCACAUUCUCCCUGUGUCUGUGUGGGUUUCCUCCGGGUGCUUUGGUUUCCUCCCACAAUCCAAAGUUAUGCAGUCUGUCUCUCAAGUGUCUGCUCACAUGACCUGAGGGAACAACCAUGGAGAGUGUAGCAAAAGAUGAUUACAAGAUCCAGUCAUUUGAUGCGGAUACACAGCAGCUGCUGAAAACUGCGCUGAAGGAGCCUGCCUUGGUUGACCUGGAGAAAGUGGCCUCAGUGAUAGUUGAACAGUCUAUGAAGGAUCUGGUGUUCAGUAAAGAGGCUGGCAGGAUCUGCUACACCAUAGUGCAGGCUGAGAACAAGCAGAGUGGGAACAGCAACUUCCGACGCUACGUCUUAAUCCGACUGCAGCAGGAAUUCCUGGUAAAGGAACAACUCCGGGAGCGUUCAGUGAAUGACUGGGUCUGCCUGGUUACCUUCAUCUGCAACAUUUUUGACUAUCUGAAGGUGAAUAACAUGCCCAUGAUGGCCCUGGUUAACCCUGUGUAUGAUUGUCUGAUGCGUCUCGCCCAGUCUGACUCACUGCAGAAUGAAGACGAGGUGGACUGCCUUGUGCUGCAGCUCCAUCGAAUUGGGGAACAGCUCCAGAGGAUGAACACCCAGCGGAUGGACGAUCUCUUCUGCCAGCUGCGAGAUGGUUUCCUGCUGCAGCACCAGACCUCCUCACUGUCCCGACUGCUGCUGCUGGAGAUUAUCGAGUUCCGUGCUGGUGGCUGGAGGAUGUCCGAGAAUGCUCAUAAAUAUUACUACAGCGAGGUGGCAGACUGACAGCACGAGACAGAGAAAGGCUAUAGAUUGGGGAGAACGGGGUCUAAGAUGGAGCUGAGCUUUUUGUGCUAAUUGAAAUCUGGCGGUGAUUUUUUUAAAGGUGACUGAUGUGUGUGAGAUUGAUCAGCUGUGGGCCCAGAUGGUUCAGGUUCCUAAUCGCUUAGUCACAAACUCUUCUUGAUAGCAGAGACUUCUGAGAAAAUGGGAGCCACUCAUUGGGCAGGACUUGGAGUAGGUGGUUGAUGCUAGUCUGCCCCAUCUAUGCUGAUGCCCAAAGAUAAUUUUUUAUAAAUUUUAAUACAGCAAUCUCUUGAAAGCA